CUUAUUACUCGCUACAUUCUUUCCUAUAUCCCCGAAUCGUCAUGUCGAAACGCAAUUCAAAACGAUCAUUAUUACGAAAAGAACAGUCAGAAAGAGACAAAAUGGCCCACCAUGCCGAUCGUUCGUAUUAUGGCCACAUGGUUGCUUUUCAGCAUAUGCUCGGUGUGGCAAAACAUCGAGGUUAUCAUGAUACAUCUACAGUGAUACCUAUGGAACUGAUAGAUUUCACUGCUGUUUUUAUUGCAAGUCUUGUCAACCGCUACUCCUCAUUACCAUCAUCGGCCUCCGAAGCCCUGCGCGCCAACGUUAAAUUCAUUCGAAAAACCCUUGCACGUGCUCAAAUUUCAUGCUCGUCCUUGAUCCUUUGUCUCUGGUACAUUGAUCACCUCCAUCCGGGCUGCGGCAAUGCUGCGAGUACUAUCAGCAGCAACACGAACUGGACACCGCGUGACUUAUUCGUGGCCAGCGUUAUUGUUGCCGAUAAGUUCCUUGCGGAUGUGACAUGGACCAAUGCUGACUGGGCCGAUUUUACACAGCAAUACAACUGCCAAGAGAUCAACCGGCUUGAACAACGGUUUCUACGCGACAUGCGGUACAAGUUGUUCGUGCCUGAACAAGCGUAUUACGAUUUCUGCAGCUACCUGGAAUUCCGGCUGACUGUUGCUGGCCAACGGGGUUUGACGAUGAUUGUUCCGCUUUCGUAUCGAGACAUCCGCGUACUCAGCCAAUCCUUGCUCCCUGUCUACGUGGAGCGCCUCCACCUGUCGCUGCGUCCAUUCGAAGCAAUGUGGCUCCUUGCCAAGACUGCGGCAUCGAUCUGUGCCAUGUAUGGGAUGGCUGUCCUGACGGGUUAUAUCGUGUACCAGUAUGCAGCUGCCCAGGUUGUUUCGGCAGUUCAGUACGUCCUUGCUUCGUAUCAACAGCAAGCAGUGCUGCAGGAACAAAUGCUGGUCAUGGUGGCAGAUACGUUAAGCAAAAACCUCGUCGUUGUACUUCCCCACAACGUCGAAUAGUUUAGAACUUUUUUCUUUUAUAUAUAUAUAUAUAUACCCAACCAAGAAUUUCCCUUGCUAUAAUUUGAACAGAAGAUAGAAAAACCACGAGGCUUAUUA